CUCAACCCACCGUGCCACUUCCCCUACCCUCACCCCAAAAACUUUCGAAAACCGCCGUUCCGAAGUUCCAACCAACCGACGGCCAAUCUCUCUCCAAGAAACCAACCGCACCGCCGCCGCCGGCACCUUCACGAUGGUGCGUCUGAGCAACACGAUGAUCGGCGUCCUGAACGCGAUCACCUUCCUCCUCUCGGUCCCGAUCCUCGCCGGCGGCAUCUGGCUGCGCCAGCGCGCCGACGGCACGGAGUGCGAGCGGUACCUGGCGGCGCCCGUCAUCGCGGUGGGCGUCUUCCUCAUGCUGGUCUCCAUCGCGGGGCUCGUCGGCGCGUGCUGCCGCGUGACCUGCCUCCUCUGGUUCUACCUCGUCGCCAUGUUCCUCCUCAUCGUCGUCCUCCUCGGCUUCACCGUCUUCGCCUUCGUGGUCACCAACAAGGGCGCCGGGGACGCCGUGUCCGACCGCGGGAUCAGGGAGUACAGGCUCGGGGACUACUCCAACUGGCUGCAGAAGCGGGUCGAGAGCAGCAAGAACUGGAACAAGAUCAGGGGCUGCCUCGCCGACUCCAAGGUCUGCAGGUCACUCGAGGACAAGCAGGACACGCUCAGCCGCUUCCUCCGCGACGACGUCUCGCCCAUCCAGUCCGGUUGCUGCAAGCCUCCGGCCAGCUGCGGCUUCACCUUCUCCAACAGCACCCAGUGGACCGGCACCUCUAACUCGACGAACCCGGACUGCGCCACGUGGGGCAACGACGCGGCCACGCUCUGCUACGGCUGCCAGUCAUGCAAGGCCGGCGUGGUGGCCACUGUGAGGCGGGACUGGAAGCGUAUCGCCAUCCUCAACAUCAUCUUCCUCGUCUUCAUCAUCAUCGUCUACUCGGUCGGCUGCUGCGCUUUCAGGAACAACCGCAGGGACCAUCACAACGGCUACAAGCAGGGCGGAUACGCUUGAUCGGUCUGAGCCUCGGCUUGGCCUGGCCAGUGACCGUCUGUCAGGGUCACUUGUGUCGCCUUCUUUGAUGCGAGUCAUUACCAUUUACUAUAUCUCUAGGUUGGCCUGGUCUAGCUUUGUACAGACGAGAUUAUUCUGUGUUCUGAUCAUCUAUAUUAGCUAGGUAGUGUCUACUGUAUGAUCAGGAGGAGGGUUGUAUAUGCUGUUCUUUGAUAUGGCAGACCAUUAUAUAUGUACCUAGUACCUGGCGUAAUUUAUUUAUAUAUUACUUCCUUCCAAAA